ACGACGACGACGACGAAGACGAUCACGGAAGGCCGAGAGUAUCCUUAAUGUCAGUCGCGAGCCUCCUCUCGGCCUCAGUUUUGUUUACCGUGUCCUCGCGUAAACAGCGGAGAAGAGCCGUCAGCCAAGAAGACGGGUAGUUAUGAGGCCCCGUUUUCCACCAGUCAUCGUCAUCCUGAUCCUGAUCGUGGCACCGGACCGUGGUGACGGUAUAUCGUACAACACAGUGAAAACAUGGGCGCACAAAUUGGGUUUCGAGCUGUCACAGUUGGGCAAGUACGUGACCAACGUGGAAAAGUUCCAGGAGAGCUACAAGCAAGCGAUAGCGAAGCCACGUGAUGGCAACGCCUUGGUCCACGAGAUCGCGAAGGACAUCAAGGCGAUGAUGGACUCCAAGAUAUCGGCGAUCAAGAGGAUCAUGGACGUGGCGGAGACAUCGGCGGUAUCAGCGCCGGACGUCGAUCCGCCGGAGAAGUUCGAGUUCAUAAACGCGAAGAACAACACGAUCGAGCUGAAGUACAGCUCGCAUUUCGGCGGCCAGGUGAAUCUGAACAUGUCCGCGGUCCACGUGCCGACUAACGUCUACGACCGUGCCUCGGACGUGAUCAGAGCGAUCAAAUGGUCCGAGGAGCUCGACAAAACGUUCAUCAACAACUACGAGCAAGACCCGUCCCUGUCCUGGCAGUAUUUCGGCAGCGCGACCGGUUUUAUGCGGCAAUAUCCGGCGAUGAAUUGGUACAUGGAACCAGUGGACCUGUUCGACUGUCGUACAAGAAGCUGGUACAUCGAGGCUGCGUCAAGCCCGAAGGAUAUAUUGAUACUGAUCGACACGUCCGGCAGCAUGACCGGUAUACGUCGCGAAAUCGCCAGACACGUGGUCAACGAUAUACUGGACACACUUGGGAACAACGAUUUCGUUAACAUCAUCACGUUCUCAAACAUCACCAAGGAGGUGGUGCCGUGCUUCAACGACACCCUGGUCCAAGCGAAUCUAGCGAACGUCAGGGAGCUGAAAAGAGCGAUCUCGAAUCUAGAUACAGAGAAGAUCGCGAACUUCUCGUUGGCGUUGACCACCGCGUUCGAGCUGCUUGAGUCCUAUCGUAUCGAACGCGAGGGAGCGAGGUGCAACCAGGCGAUCAUGCUGAUAACGGACGGUGUACCGUACAAUUACAAGGAGAUCUUCGAGACGUACAAUUGGAAGGAAAAUCUCAACGAGCCGUUCAAGGCGGACAUGCCUGUACGAAUGUUCACCUAUCUGAUCGGUCGUGAGGUGGCGGACGUGAGGGAGGUACAGUGGAUGGCCUGCGCGAACAGAGGAUACUUCGUUCAUCUUUGUACUCUGGCCGAAGUCAGGGAAGAGGUUCUGAAAUACGUGCCCGUGAUGGCGCGUCCAUUGGUCCUGGGCCGUACUGAUCAUCCGACGAUCUGGACCCCAGUCUACGCGGACAUCACCGAUCCGAAAAUGACCGACUGGCUGUGGGAGCAACGCGAGAGCGAAGAGCAAAAGGAGAGGUUUCUCAGACUCCACAGACGGAAGAAACUGUUCAACGCGGAGGAACGCGAUCGUAGGUUCGUGAGGAAACAGAAGAAGCCCCACGACCAGAACGGCGAUCUUCAGGAGUACAGGCUGAUGACCUCGGUCAGCAUGCCAGUGUUCGAUCGACGGGAGAACGCGAACAUCACAAGGCAGGUGCUGGUGAACGAGGCGUACUGGGUGACAGAGACAAGAGAGACACGGAUCGCCGAUCUCCUCGGUGUCGCAGGCACGGACGUCCCGAUCGAAGAGAUACAGAAGCUGAUGAUGCCUCACCGGCUCGGCGUGAAUGGAUACGCGUUCAUCGUGACCAAUAACGGUUUCAUCCUGAUUCAUCCCGACCUCCGACCAGUGUUCCAGGGUAUCCUCAAGCCGGCGUACAACAGCGUCGACAUGGCGGAGGUCGAGCUGAUGGAUCAGGACAGAGGACCAAGGGAGUUCGACGAGGGAAUCAUUAUGCUUCGUAACGACGUGGUCAAUCAGGCGAACGGUAGCGUGACGCUCCACACGAAGUAUCAUUACGACGACAUGAAACGAGUGGGUAGAGUGAAGAGGAAAUACGAUUACACGGGAAUACCGAAAACACCGUUCACGGUGGUGGUCAGUCUGCCGGAACAUGAUCACACCGUAAGUCAUCGCGUGUUCGCAACCGAGGAGAUACAUCGUUCGCACGUUAGUGGCAAGAACGUGUCUGAUUAUUUCACUGGUACGAACUGGCGGGUGCAUCCUCAUUGGUUGUACUGCAAGUAUCAUUACGAGGACGAAAAGUCGUUCAAUUCCUCCGAGGCUCAGCUCCUACACUUUCUGGAGCGUACCCGCCAGCCGCGCUGGAAAUGGAACGACAUGAAACAGCCAUCCCAGCCGCCAGAAAACUCGGUCACGAGUUCCGGUAACGACACGCCUCGUAAGUCAAAGGCGACAACAUACAAAGCUGACAAGGAGUCGUAUUACUGCGACAGGGAUCUUCUGCUAAGUCUUGUGUUCGACGCAAAGGUAACCGAAUGGUUCGCGAAUCCCAGCACAACGCGCGGAGAGAAAGGGAAAGAGUUCCAACAACGAUUCGGCGUGACGCUCGCGUUCAUGGCCACUCACAGUGGCCUGACAAGAUGGCAGGACUUCUUGAUGGACGAGGAGGGGAACAUUCCCGAGGACCAUUUCAGCAAGAUGUACCCGAGAGCCAUAGACGAGGUGUGGUACAAGCGUGCUGUUGAGCAACACUACGUCCAAUCGGAGAGCUUCGUUUUCUCCGUGCCGAUCGACGAUGAGGGUGCCGACAACACCACCCUGGUCACUGCCAGUCGUGCCAUUUUUAUUGGAACACGGAAAACAAAGGCGCCAGCAGCGGUCGUCGGUUUCCAGUUCCAACACACCGCCCUCCAAGGACUCUUCCAGAACAUAACCUUCAGCUGCGAGGGACUCGGAAAUUGUCACGCGCACUGUGGCGCGGAGACGUGGGCCUGUUACCUGGUCGACAACAACGGUUACGUGAUCGCGGCAGAGGACGAGGCCGAUGCUGGGAAGUUCUUCGGUGAACUGAGGGGACCGGUGAUGUCCAGCCUGGUGAAGGAAGGUGUUUUCGAAAGGAUCCGGAUAUUCGAUUACCAGGCUGUGUGUUUCAAGAGCACGCAGACCACCAACGAUGGAAAUAUCUUGCUCACGCCAUGGAGGAAUGCACAGAGGAUGGUCGCCUGGCUGGUGGGUCAAACAGCCUGGGCUUGGGCCAAAGCUGGUAUUUGGGAGUCCGAGUACGCAGAGGCGUUCGCUUACCCGAACGAGGAAGACGGUAUGCGCGAGGACUAUCAAGAGAGCGACGAGAAGCCGCCGGUCGACCCGAAAGACGAGAAAAUGUUCGACCAGAAGGUUCUGAUCAAUCGAACGAGACCGGAAGCUUGCGACCAAGAGGUGUAUCUGUACCUGCGGAACGUCUCCUUCGAGUCCUUCGAUAUCCCAACGGACAUAAACGAGGACUGCAGGAGGCCGUACAUCGUCCAGCCUGUCGACUUCAGUAACAUGCUUCUGUUGGUGGUGAACACGGAGUGCACCGAGACUGUGUCCCCUACGUUGAGCGUCUUCCCGGAAGAAGUUAUGUACGAGAACAACUCGCUGGUGUGCCAGAAGGCGUUGACCACCCUGAGGAGGAAGAAACCACAAUCUUGCAUCCGCACUCACAUAAGGGAGAGCGAGAUCAAAGACCUCUGCGGAUUGGCCCCUAACGUCGGACCGAAUAUCUACCUCCUUACUCUAUUACUGACCGUCUGUGUCCUCCUCAGACGAAUCGUCUUCGGUCAGGAUUAAUUUUCCCGGCUGAAGGGAACGUCGUCGAUCGUACCCGAAUCGUAAAUGAUCGGGAAAUCGGACCUUCGUGUCCAGUAUAAGUUGUCGUAUAGGAUGCUCUCACGGGGAGACGGAAGUUACCUUUGCCAACUUUAUUCAGCUAUUAAACGGGACGAAGUACAAUUCGAGGCGAUUCGCUGCUGCGAAGUAUUCAAUGUUUUUUCUUUCGAUAGUUACCGGCGAUUUCAAGGUGUUCUUAGUGUAUCUGUAGGCGAAGCUGUAUACCAGCGGGGACAAGCUCCUGGUGCUGUCUAUUGACGCGUGCAUACUCCGGUGCAGGCAGGGUCUGCACCCGUCGAAGAGAAUGACCGUCGCGACUUUGGAGGUUAUUAUUGUCGUGCGCCACGAGA